UAUGUAUGAAUAAGAGUGGUUUACAUUGAGAGAAGGGGAUAAGAGUGGAGCUCUGAAAACUCAGAGAGAAGCAAAGCAGAGAAAGGAGAGAAGAAGAAUGGAAAAGUACUUCGGAAACGCUUAUCGCGGUGACCCGGGCGUGCCCCAUGCGGACCCGGAUCGGUUUGUCAACAUUUGGAUUGGAUCCGCUGCCUUCUCUGUUCUCACAUACUUCAAUCCCUAUAUGUGGACGCUUUCUAAUCAGUUCAACUGGCAUGAUAAAGCAGUUUUAUUCGAGCAAUAUCACUGGAAACAGGCAAGGAAGAAGAAUCAGCCAUAUGAGUUCUUGUGGAACAAGACUUGGGAUAAGGUCCACCGAGAACAUUACUACUACAACUGGCCUGUUUACUUUCCUUAGGUCCCUUCUGUUUUAUUUCUUACAGACUUUGCCCUAUCUUUAUUUUGUUUGCAACCCUGGAUAAAAUUUACGUCCCCCUCCCCCACUCCACUGCUUUUCUCUCAUGACUUCACUUUUCUUGUGUUCAGUCCUCUUUUUUAAUAACUACAUGAUUAUUCGAAUUACAAACUAUCGAGAUAAGUAACUGUAUUCAA